AUGUCGGAUUUUUUGAACAUCCCCACGUCUUCUCAAUGGGUGACGUUCCCUACAACCUCGGGCGACAAGAUAUCAAUCAACUGGGAGGAUAAUCUCCACAGUUAUGUCAACACCUACUAUGUGGCCAAGUGCUACUUUGGUAUUCUAGACCCACCAGAGGGGUCCGUCGCGAACACCAAACUACAAGUCCCAACCCCCAUCUAUGUCAAGGAUAAUACGAAGCUCACCGUGCUGGGUGAAACGAAAAUUUACAUCGCCGCCGAGUUCAUUGAGGAAGAAUACGCCGACAGUCCAUCCGACUUAGGCCAUUUCCACCUCAGAGACAUUGCUCGGAGCGCUGUAGGUGACAAAAAGUCAUCAUGGGUCACCAUGAAAUUGAACGGAGCCUUUUGCUACGGUCAAAAUGGGAAGGGAAGCAAACUGCGGAGAUACAUUGUCUAUCAUCCAUCCGUUGGACCUGGCAUUCGCCGGCCGAACAUCUAUCAGCAUCGAUUCACUGAUACCGAGAUGACCACUGCGAUCAGUAAUAGCCUCGAAGGGGCUACCGAGGACAUGCCCGAGAAGUACAAGCUCUUGGGUGCCGCAUUAAGCCAAAUUAUCAAAGUCGUCCACAAGAAAGGCAAGGCUGCGCUGGGUGAUGCUCUCUGGGUAUUCCUGGAUGAUGACCGGCUCUCGAAGGUUUAUAAACCUAAUCCGGUGCCCCAAUUCCCGUGGGCGGAAGCAGAUCUACGGAAACACCUGGCGCAGAUCCAAAAAUUGGAGUUUGGUGGUGUUGGAAAGGAGGCCAGAGAUUCUCGGCUAGAACAUCUACUCGCCCCUCCUGGCAAUGAGGCCCCGUUUGUCCCGUCCCUUCCUUCUGUCCAGCAAGAAGAACCACCGGCAGAGAAGACGGAAAGCCCGCGGCAUGUGCCGAGGAAACCUGCUGCGGUACCGGAGCCGGAAGGAUAUGAUCUUAUUGUGAUGGAAGUCCUCGACAUACUCUCCGAACUGGAGCAAGAGCAGGAGCAAGAGCAAAGAGAAAUGGCAACUAGCCCUCGACGGACUUUUACCCGAGGAGGCCGACGGUUGACUUCUCCCGCCCAGGACUCACAAAACAUCCAGGGCAACAGAGAUCUGGUGCUCGGUAAUAUCAAAAAUGGACACCAGGCAAGCACCAGUCCACUUGACAUCUUCAAGCAGAAAGAAGAUGCCGAGAAGGAAAAUUUGACAGGGGCCAAUGCAGGGACCGGUCGUCCUUCCUCGAAGCACACGAAGGUCGUCCUCCCUAGUGAGCAUGGGCACACAAAGAACACAUAG